CUGUUGACAGGGGGAGGACUCUGGAAAAUAUGGUGGGAGUUGCAGAAUUGUAAUGGGGUAACGGGACAGAAUUGAUGCAGGGACCAAGAAGGAGUGCUUUAAGUCUGCUGAAACGCUCCAAAACGUGCUGAAGUUGUUGUUGAUGAUGGUGUUUUGACGAGACUGAUGACAGUUGACAGCCGCGCAAAACUUCAAAGGCGAUCAAGUGCCAGGGAUUUCAGACCCAUGCAGGCCGCGGCAGGGAUGGAUGGCAACGCGCACAGCCGACCGCCUGACCGAAGGAGAUCAUCGAAAAGCAAAGCACCUCCUCCUCCUCCUGUCCAGCAAAGCCUGGAUGCUCCAUUGCUGAGCCAAAAGCUCCCAGCAUACCCUCACCCUGCCAUGGACCAGAAGGAAAACCUGCUGGAGCAGGAUUUAACACUCGCCGUGGUCCUUCCUGGAGGGGUGGAGAAGACCAUCGAGGUCCAUGGCAGCAAACCCAUGAUGGACCUGCUGGUCAUGCUUUGUGCUAAGUACCACCUGAACCCUUCUGGCCACACCAUAGAGCUCGUCACCACCAACAGGAACAAUGUGAAGUUCAAACCCAAUGCCCUUAUCGGAGCCCUAGGGGCUGAGAAGAUCCUGCUAAAACCGAAAGGCAUGGAAGACAAAAUCAAAAGGACAGGAUCACUUAUGCCUGAGGCAACCGUACGAUUAGUGAUAAACUUCAAGAAAACCCAGAAAACCAUUCUCAGAGUGAGUCCUCGGGUUUCUCUACGAGAACUGCUUCCGGCUAUCUGUGAGAAAUGUGAAUUUGACCCACAGACCACAGUUUUACUACGAAAUGUCCACUCGGAAGACACUUUGGACCUGAGAAGCUCCCUCAAUGACUUCGGUCUGAGGGAAGUGUAUGCAAGAGACACCAGAGUUAUUAGCCCUGUAAGUCCUAUAAGUCUGCCUCCAUCUCCUACUCACUCAGAAAUAUUUCAUCAUGGGAGAGAGAAAAUCAAGAGGGAGAAAGAAAAUAAGCGGACUUUCAGCUUAUUUCGGAAAGGAAGUAAGAAGCAAUCUGAACAGUCUAUGACCGUGAGUGCACCGGCAUCUCCAGUGCACAGGAAACAGAGGCCGGUCAGCAUGAGUUCCUUCAGCACGCAUUCACGAAUAACAUACGAUUCCAAUACCAUGCCCUCCGACACGCCAAAGAAACGACGAGCCCCGUUGCCACCUAGCAUGAUGUCGCAGAGCAUGCCUAGUGACCUCAGUCAUAACCACGGGGAUGUGCAACCUGAUGGCAACCAGAAUAUGGCCCCUCUGAGCCGGGGAUCCUCGACAGAGUCGUCCUUCAAGAAGUCUUCCACCAAGCGUAAGGCCCCCCCGCCCCCCAUCUCGAGCAGCCCAGCCUCUCCUGAUGAGACCACGCUGGACAGAGGCAUGACAGAACCAGUGUUGGAGUCUCCUCUGGAGGAGAUCAAGGAACAGGAAGAAAUGCAUGUGACCGGCGAUGUGCAGGAGGAGCACCUGGAGGAUGACAGCAGCCUAAACCUGUCCGCCGACAUCUCUCUGGACUCGGGCCGAGCUGGGACAGCGUCUCCUUCUCAGGAUUCUGAGAUUCUGGACAGUGGGACGUCCAGAGACAAUCCAUCAUGUGACCUGUCCACAGAUGCAGAAGUAGCUGAAGGCAGAGUGAAUGGAGAGAUUAAGUCGGACCACGCCGCAAGCUCUCAUAUCCAAUCAGAAGAGAUAGAGCCCCUGGUGGAAAAGACAGAAGAGGCAAUUCAGCCGCCUGAAAGUGUCCCUGUUCUGGAAAAGGUGUCUGUGAACACCACAGAGAAGCCUGCAUCUUUGAUCAACACGCUUCAGACAUCUGAAUGCGGCAUCCAGACUUUGCAAGCCCAGUUCUUUGAUUCAGACACGGUUGCGGCUUCCCCUGAGCCCAGCCGUUCAUCUCGCUCUGAGAACCAGAUGCCUGAAACCAUCCCCAAUACUGUCAACUUCACUCACACCGAGACCCACAUGCAGGCAGAACCGCAAACACCUACUAAGCCAUCGAGCUUAUGCACUGAACCCUCCAUGCCCCCGUCUACAUCCUCAAUAAAGCGAGACAUAGCCACUUCCACAGAAGAGCUGCAAGUUCCUGAACCACAAGCACCUGCGAUCCAACCAUCUAAGGACUUGACAUCUACACCAGCCUCUAAAGCAGGAAGCGUCCAGUAUAUUGUAGAUGCCGAACCCAAACCAAAACCAUCAAAUGAGCUCACCCGUGAAUACACGCCCAAAGUCGGCAUGACCACCUACACCAUCGUGCCUCAGAAAUCUCUAGAAAAGCUCCGUUUCUUUGAGGUAGAGUUGACUCUGGAGCCGAGUGUGGACUGCAAACCUGAAGCAAAGUCUGCCUCCAAUGGCACGGUUGCUCUUAGGGGCCAUCAGAACGUCUUUGCGCAAACUAGUCCUUGUACAUCACCUCCAGCAACCGCUUCGUCCCCAGUAGUAGAAGGAGCCGAAUCCGCAGUCAAAGACAAGAAAGUUCCACCUGCAACAAGACCCAAACCAGCCUCUUUCCGCCUGCCGCAGCACAAGCGAUCGCCCGGGGACUACGUGAUCUCCGCGGUCGUACGCAGAGCGAGCAUCGGCAGUAGCAGUAGCAACAGUAGCUGCGGUAGCAGUCCUGCAACCCGUCCAAAAGAAGCCACGGGUGGCCCGCAGUUAGAUGCAUUUGUUGCGCCGGACAUCUUCCCUCCUCCACCACCACCAGUCCAAUGGGAAGAUGAGGAAAGUGCAAGAGCGAGUGAUAAACCUUUACCUCAGAAUACAGCGGUUGACGGUCCACGGCCCAAAUCUUCACGAUUUCCACCGUUGUCCUUUCUGCCCCAUCAGAAGAGUCUUCCCACUAACCCCACACCUUCACUGAGUUUGGAGAAGUUGAGAAGCUUUGCUGCGCCCAAACCGUACUUGCCCAAAUCGCCUUCUCGCUUCGCUCAGGCCGUGUCCUCUGCGGUGAAGAGGACCCAUUCUCUGUCCCAUCAUGCCCUGGGGGAGUCACCACGCACACAUCCUCUCACAACACAGAGAUCCAUUAGAGAAUCGCCAGAGUCGCCGACGAGCACUGUGACAGACAAUAGAGAAGGAGGCACAGAGAGAUCCAGAGAGGCCCCAUCACACACAGCAGAGCCGAGCUCGUCCCGGGAUGCAGGCAUGGGAACAUGUAAGAUUGGAAAUACUCAAGCGUCACCAGGGUCUGAAGCAUCUUUAGCACCGUCUCCUUCAUUGAUGGGAAUAUCGGAUUCGGAAGUCUUUCAUUCAGCGGAGGAAUGAAGCAUUUCGACAUGCCUUA